GGCCAAUGGGAGCGCGCGGAGCGGGGCCCGGCGGUGAUGGCGCGGGAGGGUGCCCUGGAGGAUCCAGCUGUGCCCCCAGAUGUUGGACCCCCCCAAAAACACCUGCCCCGCCGCCGGGGUUCCCCAGAUGUGGCGGCGGAGACCCCGGGUCCAGAUGUUGGGGACCCCGAAACGCCCGGAGCGGCGCCAGAUGUGGCGGAUCCAGAUGUGCCGUGGGCCGAAAGCGACAGCGACACAGACGUGGGCGAGGGGGAUCCAGAUGUGGAGCCCCCAAAACGGCUCAAGUUGACCCAGAACGUGCCCGAAACUCCAGAUGUGGGGCUGAGGACCCCAAAUCCAGAUGUUCCGUGGCUUAAAAACGGGUGUGGGGCACAGCUGGUGGACAGUGACACAGAUGUGGAGGAGGGGGAUCCAGAUGUGCAGCCCCAAAACCAGCUGAAAGCGACCCAAAACAUCCCAGAAACUCCAGAUGUGGUUUCAAAGACCCCAGGUCCAGAUGUUUUGGCCCCAAAAACGCAGCGUGGGGCGCAGCUGCUGGACAGUGACACAGAUGUGGAGGAGGACAGCGAAAAUCCAGAUGUGCAGCCCCAAAAACAGCUGAAAAUCACCCAAAACGUGGCUGGGAUUACAGAUGUGGAGAGCCCAAAUCCAGCUGUGGAAACGCCCAAAAUCAGGGGCUGGGGGCUGCUGGUGGAGAGUGACACAGAUGUGGAGGAGGAGGAAGAUCCAGAUGUGCAGCCCCAAAAACAGCUCAAAUUGACCCAAAAUGUGCCAGAAACUCCAGAUGUGGGGCUGAGAGCCCCAAAUCCAGAUGUGGUGGGCCCGAAACUCCACCCCCAGCUGCUGCUGCUGGGCAGCGACACAGAUGUGGAGGAUGAGGACGACGCAAAUCCAGAUGUGCAGCCCCGGAAAAGGCUCAGGGCGACCCGGAGGGUGUCUGAGAGUCCAGAUGUGGUGGCAGAAACCCAAAAUCCAGAUGUGGACAGGCCCAAAAUCGGGCACGGGGCGCUGAUGGUGGACAGCGACACAGAUGUGGAGGAGGAUCCAGAUGUGCAGCCCCCGAAAAGGCUGAGAAUUACCCAGAACGUGCCCGGGACUCCAGAUGUGCGGCUGGGAGCACCAUAUCCAGAUGUUCCAGAUCCCAAAAUCGGGUCACAGGCAUUCCUGGUAGAGGAGAGUGACACAGAUGUGGAGGAGGAUCCAGAUGUGCAGCCCCCAAAACUGGUGACAAUGACCCAGAACAUGCCUGAUACUCCAGAUGUGGAAGCAAAGGCUCAAAAUCCAGAUGUUCCAGAUCCCAAAAUCGGGUCACAGGCAUUCCUGGUAGAGGAGAGUGACACAGAUGUGGAGGAGGAUCCAGAUGUGGAACCCCCAAAACGGCUGACAAUGACCCAGAACACACCUGAAACUCCAGAUGUGGAUGCAAAGACCCCAAAUCCAGAUGUUCCAGGCCCCAAAAUCGGGUCCCAGGCACUGCUGGAGGACAGUGACACAGAUGUGGAGGAGGAGGGGCCAGAUCCAGAUGUUGGAUCCCCAAAAACCCCCAAACCAGCCCCGAACGCGCCCGAGACUCCAGAUGUGAGGCCAAAAGGGCCGAAUCCAGAUGUUGGCAGCCCUGGAUCCAGAUGUGGAGCCCUGGUGGUGGAGAGCGACACAGAUGUGGAGGAGGAGGAGCCGGAUCCAGAUGUUCAGCCCCCGAAAAGACAGAAAACGGCCCAAAACGUGCCCGAAAGCCCGAAAGGUCCAGAUGUGGGACCAGAUGUUGGGAGGCUCCAAAGCACAGCCAGAAUUCCAGAUGUGGAGGAGGGGUGGGAUCCAGAUGUGGCCACCCAGGUCUUCCUGCCCCCUAGUCCAGAUGUGGGGAGCCCAAAAGAACUCAAAGUGACCCAGAGCCCACCCAAAAUUCCAGAUGUGGAGGAGGAAGAGGAGUCAGACCCAGAUGUGGCCACCCAGCUGUUCCUGCCCUCUCCAGAUGUUGGGAGCCCAGAAAGCCCCAGACUGGCCCAAAAAGACCCCGGAAUUCCAGAUGUGGAGGGGCCGCCCUCCCUGGAUCCAGAUGUGGCCACCCAGCUGUUCCUGCCCCCAAAUCCAGAUGUGGGGAGCCCAAAACGACCCAGAAUUGCCCCAAACCCACCCAAAACUCCAGAUGUGGAGGAGGAAAUCCCAGAUGUUGAGGAGGAAGAGGAAUCUGAUCCAGAUGUGGCCACCCAGCUGUUCCUGUGCCCUAAUCCAGAUGUUAGAGCUCCAAAACGACUCACAAUUACCCCAAAGCCACCCCACAUUCCAGAUGUGGAGGAGGAAGAGGAGGAGUCGGAUCCAGAUGUGGCCACCCAGCUGUUCUUGCCGUCUCCAGAUGUUGAGAGCCCCCAAAAGGCCCCCAAAGACCCCAAAAUUCCAGAUGUGGAGGGGCCGCCCUCCUUGGAUCCUGAUGUGGCCACCCAGCUGUUCCUGCCCCCAAAUCCAGAUGUGGGGACCCAAAAACGACUGAAAAUGACCCAGAGCCCACCCCAAAUUCCAGAUGUGGAAGAGGAAGAUGAGUCAGGCCCAGAUGUGGCCACCCAGCUGUUCCCGCCCCCAAAUCCAGAUGUUGGAAGCCCAAAACAACUCAAAAUUGCCCCGAAGCCACCCGAAAUUCCAGAUGUGGAGGAGGAAGAGGAGGAGUCAGGCCCAGAUGUGGCCACCCAGCUGUUCCUGGCCCCCGAUCCAGAUGUUGGGUCCCCGAAACCCCCCCUAAAACCGCCGGAAAUUCCAGAUGUGGCGGCGGUGGCCCCGGAUCCAGAUGUUGGGGGUGCCCCCGGCCCCGCCCAGGAGGCUCUGCCCACCCCGCAGGUUCGGCGCAGUCAGCGAUUGGCCGGGAGCUCCAGGCCCCACCCCCAGAGCAGCCGCAGCCAAUCAGGGGCCGGGAUUGCAGAGGCCACGCCCUUCGUGCCCAUAAAAGGAAAUGGGCUGGGCUUGGCCUCAGCCACGCCCCCACCAGUGGAGGAGCCAGCAGGGGGAGCCACGAGCCGGCUCCGCCCCCAGAGAGCAACGGGCCCCGCCCACAUCCGGGUGCUGUUCACUGGCCUGGUGGCCUCCCCCGCGCUGCUGGUGGCCCUGUCCUCGCUGGGUGGCACCGAGGCCAGCUCAGUGCGGGACUGCAGCCACCUGGUGACAGACGGGAUCCGCAGGACCCUGAAGUUCCUCUGCGCCCUGGGGCGGGGCGUGGCCAUCGUCACCCCCGAGUGGCUGCUGCAGAGUUCCCACGGUGGCCGCCCGCUGUCGCCGGAUCCCUUCCUGCCGCGGGACCCGCCCGUGGAGCGUCACUUCCGCUUCCGGCUGCGCGCGGCGCUGGCGCGGGCACGGAGCCAACCCCUGCUGCAGGGGUACCAGGUCCAUGUCACCCCCAGUGUGCAGCCGUGUCCCCAGGACAUGAGGGACAUUGUCACCUGCUGCGGUGGCACCUUCCUGCCAGAGCCACCGCGGGAGCGCCGGCCCGGUGUCCUGGUGAUCUCCUGCCCGCAGGACCGCCCGCUCUGGGUUUUUUGGGAUUUUUUGGAGAUUCUCACCGGGUUUUAUGGGGACCGCCCGCUCUGGGCUCCGUUCGUGGCCGCGCGGCUCCCGCUGCUCUCGCCCGAGUUUCUCCUCUCGGGGGCGCUGCGGCAGCGCCUCGAGCUCGCCCCGUUCCUGCUCGCCCCCCUGGAGCCCCCCACGCAUGGAAGGCGGGACUUCCGCUACCAUGGCAACGCGCGGCUCAGGUCGCCACGGCAACGGGUGAAAGCGCCUCCGGUCUCUCUUCCCGCCUUUGCCGCUCUCAGCCAAUCAGCGCUCGCCAAUGGUGCCGUCAAAGGGCGGGAGCGGCGUUGCAACCCAGUGGUUGCCACAGUCCCCAUUUCCCCCUCAUGA